CACUCUCUGUUCCGGAGGAGGAGCGGCCGGUGCAGACUGUGCUGGUGGGCGCGGUGGCCCGCAGCCUUCGGCUCGCUGCGGGACUGUGCUGGGGCCACUAUCCUAGGAUCUGGUUCCUGCGGGACGUCUGACUUGGUUUACCCCAGGGCAAUUGGUGAAAACCCGGCAGCGCCUAGGGAAAGAUCGUUCUGCUCCGCGAGGGAAACAGAGCCGUUGACUAUGGUUGCAACGGGCAGUCUGAGCAGUAAGAACUCCACCAGCAUUUCAGAGUUGCUGGACGGUGGCUAUGACCCUGGGAGUCUGCUAAGUGAUUUUGACUACUGGGAUUAUGUUGUCCCUGAGCCUAACCUCAGUGAGGUGGUAUUUGAAGAGACGACAUGCCAGAAUUUGGCUAAAAUGUUGGAGAACUGUCUGUCCAAAUCAAAGCAAACCAAACUCGGUUGCUCCAAGGUCUUGGUCCCUGAGAAACUGACCCAGAGAAUCGCUCAGGAUGUCCUGCGGCUCUCCUCCACGGAGCCCUGCGGCCUUCGAGGUUGUGUCCUGCACGUGAACUUGGAAAUCGAAAAUGUCUGUAAAAAGCUGGAUCGGAUUGUGUGUGAUGCUAGCGUGGUGCCUACUUUUGAGCUGACGCUUGUGUUUAAGCAGGAGACCUGCUCGUGGACCAGCCUCAGGGACUUCUUUUUCAGCAGAGGGCGCUUCUCGUCAGGCCUUAGGCGAACAGUGAUCCUCAGCUCAGGAUUUCGACUUGUUAAGAAAAAACUGUACUCUCUGAUUGGAACAACAGUCAUUGAAGAGCGCUAAGGAGGAAAGACAAUUAAAGUUCUCUAAUGAGUGGGUAAUAAACCGCUGAGGCUAUUCAUCAGUCAUUUGUAGUUUGCCUGCCUCCUCUCACUAAGAACUCCCAGAUUUAGGCCACCUUCCUUCUUGUUUUUCACCCAAAGUGACCCACUUUAAGGGUUGAUUUUUAUCAUCAUCAUCAU